AUGCGUCUUGUUACUUUCAUCGCAUUGUUUUACUUUGUCGACGCAGCCAAUGUUCCAAGAUCAAGCAACCUUCCUUGCAUUAGGUACAAGGACAUGAUACCGACAUAUGCAUGCAACUAUCAAGUCAAUGUUCAUGCAAAAUACUGCAAAGAUACCACAAUAUACAAAACUAACUCCACCUGUCUAUGCAACAAUAUCAAUUGGCUUGCAUCGGUCCUUGGAUGCUUAUCCUGCGCAGGGAACUUGGAAAAUAAAAACAUUCAAGGCGUAAAGAAGUUUUGUCGAAUAAAUGGUAGAGUAGAAUUGUCUCAGGAUCAAGUGUGGUUUGCGUACCAGAGGUUUAAUGACACCAUUACAAACGCAUCACUAACAACACAAGGCACCAACGUCACAAUUGACCGCCCUGUUAUUUUGCUGUCGCUGGAAGUUGAGCUAUAUCGAAAAGCUUAUGGCAAAUACCUUGGCAAUUUUGAUGACUCGAUAUACUACGGUGGUGCCAUAUAUGGAUACUGGGCAGUUGUGCUUGUGCUAGCGGCAACAAUAAAUUGGAGUAAUUGCAUAUUUCAGAACCGUGCAAAUUCGAGCAAACGCUGCACUAGACUAGUUGAAAGUUAUUUACUUUUACCAGCACUUGCAUCAAAGGCACAUGCUGAAACACUAUCAUUGGGGCCGAUAGAAGCGACAAUUCCCUCUAGACUUGAAGCUUUGAUUUUGGGUAUGUUUGCUGUGUUAUUGACGACAAUGACCUUUAUAAAUACAGAGCCCGUGGAUGAUGAUCCUAUAUAUUACACUAAAAACCAUGGGCAAUUAAGAUAUCUAAUUGACAGAUCUGGAAUCAUUUCGACAAUGUUGGCACCCUUGGUGGUUAUGUUUGCUUCGCGGAAUAACUUGCUUCAAUGGCUAACCAAAUGGCAAUAUGCAAGGUUUUUAACCUUUCAUCGAUGGGUGGCGAGAGUAAUGUUUGUGUUGACAGUAGUACACGCCGCAGGGUAUACGAAAUUACUAGGAUCAUUUUAUCUCGGCGAGAUGGAGGCUGCAUACUCAAAAGCUGGAGUUGUUGCAAUAGUGGCAAGCUCAUUGAUGCUAGUGCAAGGAGUACUUUACGUGAGAAGACGCUGGUACGAAACAUUUCAAGUCAUGCACUUUGUGUUGGGCUUGUGCUGGCUCGUGGGAUGUGCGAUCCAUGUGAAUGAGUUGGGCUUCGUCUACUUCGUUUACCCCGUUGCCAUUAUCUGGGGUACUGACAGACUUGUUCGGAUCACUCGCAUACUACAUUUCGGAUUUCCUGUAGCUGAUUUGCAAUUGAUUGCAAAUGACUUGAUCAAAAUUGAGAUACCAGUUCCUAAAUCAUGGCAGCUUCGGGGCACCAUUGGAUAUGCUUUCAUUCAUGUUUUGAAACCAAAAUACUUUUGGCAAUCCCAUUCUUUCACUUUCAUGCACUCACCUACCUCUCAAAAGCGCAUGGUUUGCUAUUGUAAAGUGAAAACUGGUCUUACAAGUGAUCUACAUUUGAACUUACUAUCUGAGGUAAAUAAUAAUGCUCGAAUUAAAGUGGGCGUUGAAGGGCCGUAUGAAGUUACUUCACGCAUUGUUCAAACAAAUCUCAUGGUUUUUGUUGCAGGUGGUAGUGGGAUAGCUGGUAUUUAUCAAGAGGUGGCUUUUCAAAUUAAAGGGCUCGUGCAAAAUCCUCCCAACUGCAUUAAGUUGAUAUGGGUAGUGAGGGACUCUUCAUCCGUGAAUUGGUUUCACGCUGAGUUGCAAGCUUUACAAGAAGCAUCAGUGCAUGUCAUGGUGUAUAUCACUCAUGGAGCAGAGAUGACACCUGUAUCCCGUUUGGCGACAGAUGAAAAAGGAAUUGGCUCUGGAAAGAAUUCGUUACGACCUACACCUAGCCUAACGCCACUGGAUGGUGGCGCCAGUACGUCGUUAAGUGACUUGAUGUCAAUCACGUUUCUUUAUGGCCGGCCGGACCUUAUUCAAUUGGUGACCACCAGCGUCACAGAGUGUGAAAGCUCGGUCUCAUUCACCACGUGUGGGCAUCCAGGAAUGGUUGACGAUUUAAGAGCUGCUGUUUGCCAAUGUAUGAAAAACACCCCGAAUAAGACUAUUUAUUUCUACGACCAAUUACAAGUAUGGGUAUGA